CUGACGGUGCGCUUCCGGCACCGGCACUUCCGGUAGCGGUGCGCUGAGUCUGAGCUAAGGUCCUGAGCGGCUCUCGCCGCGUUCCUGCGGGUCCUCGUGGCGGCGCCGCGGGUAAGGCGGAGGCUCCGGGGCCCUGUGUCCCUUUCUUUGGAGCGUGCCCGCAGCCACAGGCCUUCUGGAGCCGCUGCCGGCCCCAACAGUGCGGGAAGUCGUCCUAAUCCGAGCCCCUUCGCCGUCGUUCGGUGGCAGCCUCGGCCCCCUGCCCAGCCCAAGGGACCGGGUCAGAGAAGGAGGCUCUAGGCCAGACGAGGAAGGGGGCCCGGUGGGCUGAUGUGCUCGCUGCUCUCACUGCCCGAGAUCCGGGAUCUCGCCUGGCCAGGUCCCACCCGCAGGGGCGCAGAUCCGUUGUUCCGGCACUGACCUGUUUAUCCUCCACACCCGUUCCACCAGGCUGACAUUUAAUCCAGCAGCAAAUGAGGGGUGUGGAGAGGAUGCCCAAACUUCAGGGUUUUGAAUUUUGGAGCCGCACCCUAGGAGGUGCUCGACAUGUGGUGGCACCCAUGGUGGACCAGAGUGAGCUGGCUUGGAGACUGCUGAGCCGCCGCCAUGGAGCCCAGCUAUGCUACACCCCUAUGCUGCAUGCCCAGGUCUUCGUCAGAGAUGCUAACUACCGGAAGGAGAACCUAUACUGUGAAGUGUGCCCUGAGGACAGGCCUCUCAUUGUGCAGUUCUGUGCCAAUGACCCAGAGGUGUUUGUCCAGGCGGGUCUCCUGGCACAAGAUUACUGUGAUGCCAUCGACCUGAAUUUGGGCUGCCCACAGAUGAUAGCCAAGAGAGGUCACUAUGGCGCCUUUCUGCAGGAGGAGUGGGAUCUGCUUCAGAGAAUGGUUCUGUUGGCUCAUGAGAGACUCUCUGUUCCUGUCACGUGCAAAAUCCGUGUCUUCCCUGAGAUUGACAGGACGGUGAGGUAUGCCCAGAUGCUGGAGAAGGCCGGCUGUCAGCUCCUGACUGUACAUGGGCGCACCAAGGAGCAGAAGGGGCCCAUGGCAGGGACAGCCUCCUGGGAGCACAUCAAGGCAGUCAGGAAGGCCGUGGGAAUCCCUGUGUUUGCAAAUGGGAAUAUCCGGUGCCUGCAGGAUGUGGAGCAGUGUAUCCAGGACACGGGUGUGCAAGGGGUCAUGACUGCAGAGGGCAACCUGCACAAUCCUGCCCUCUUUGAGGGUCGGAGCCCUGCCGUGUGGGAGCUGGCUGAGGAGUACCUGGACAUUGUACAGCAACACCCUUGCCCACUGUCCUACGUCCGGGCCCAUCUGUUCAAGCUGUGGCACCACACGCUGCAGGUUCAUCAGCAGCUUCGAGAGGAGCUGGCCAAAGUGAAGACCUUGGAGGGUGUGGCUGCUGUGAGCCAGGCACUAAAGCUUCUGUGUCAGGAGGACAUGUCCAGGCAGCAAGAAGGAGUGAGGCCACCUGGCAACUUACCUACCUUCCACUGGAUCUGCCAGCCCUACAUCAGGCCUGGGCCCAGGGAAGGGAGCAAGGAGAAUAGUGGUGGCCGCAGUAAGCGGGCUCUGGAGGAGGAAGAGGGCAGCCUAGAUGGCUUGUCCAAGAACAAGCUGAAGAAGCGGCUGAGGAACCCUCACAAGACCUUCGACCCUUCCCUGAAACCUAAAUAUGCAAAGUGUGACCAGUGUGGAAAUCCAAAGGGCAACAGAUGUGUGUUUAACCUGUGCCGUGGCUGCUGUAAGAAGCGAGCAUUCAGAGAGACAGCAGAUUGCCCAGGCCAUGGACUGCUUUUUAAGACCAAAUUAGAGAAGUCUCUGGCCUGGAAAGAGACCCAGCCUGGGCUGCAGGAACCUCAGCAGGGGAGGCCCGGAACACCAGGUGGUUUCUCCGAAGUCAUGGGUAGUGCCCUGGCCUGAGAGCCAGCAAGGGCCCUCUCUACUCCAGACAGCCACUGAAGCCUAGACACUCUUAAGGAAAUGCCUUACUCAGGGAAUCUCCUACUUGACACAGAAGGACAGUUGGUGUCUUCAGGCACCUUGGCUGAACUUGCCCCUUUCCCACAACCUGUUUCCAGGACUGAACAAUAAACCAUUUCAGAGAUUC